UGGUGCAGCUAUAGCUGCAAAAAAAAAAAACAGCAAAAGCAAACCACCUGUCCUUUUUUCACCUCCUGGACCUGAACAUGAACUUCAGAGCAGCUGUUUACUCUCCACUCCAGCAAAAGAUGCUCCACAUAUGAGCUGCUAACUCAUCCAUUUAUAACCCUUUAUAAAGCUACGAGUCUCUCGUCUCUCUAAUUUAAGUUUUUUUUAUAUAUACAGUAGUUAAACUAAAGACCAACAGGAGAGCUACAGUUGAUGCAGAAUCAGAAUGCAGGAGGAUCCGAGUCGCUCAUCUACCUACACCGUACCCUGUGAAGACUACGUCCACGUGGUGGAGUUCAGCCCGUACGACUGCGGCUCUGCAGCUUCUCUCCUGGCGUACGGGGGGAAUCAGUAUGUAGUGGUGGGCACCUGUCGCUUUAAGGAGGAAGAUGUGGAGGUAGAAGGAGUAGAAUUUAACACUUUACGUGCCUUUGUGCACGGGGUUCGUGUGGAUGCUCUUGCAUGGAGUCCAGAGACGAGGUUGGAUAAAAUACCCCAGAUUAUCAGAUUUUGCACUGCUGCAGGUGACCGAAAGUUAAGGCUGUUUACUUCAGAUCUUCAGAACCGGCAUGAAGUAAAGGAGAUGGAAGGACACACCAGCUACAUCAAUCAUGUAGUGUUUGAGCCUACAGAAGGAAAGCAAAUGGCAUCGGUCAGUGAUGAUCACACGUGCAGGGUUUGGGAUCUGGAAGGCAAUGAAACGGUCUCACUUCGACUAUGGUCUCCAGGUGUGAGUGUAUGCUGGCACCCUGAGGAGGUCUUUAAGCUUAUGGUGGCCGAGAAGAAAGGAACUAUUCGUUUUUAUGACCUGGUCACCCAGCAGGCCAUCCUGUCUCUAGACUGUGGACAGAUGCCGCUGAUGUCUGCUGACUGGUGUCUCACCAACACCAUUAAAGUGGGAGCUGUGGUCGGCAGCGACUGGGUGAUCUGGGACAUUACUCGCUCUAGUUAUCCUCAGGAGAAGAGGCCAGCUCAUCUGGACAAGGCACGACUCUUCAGGUGGUCGAGAGCCAAUGAAAAUCUGUUCUCCACCACUGGCUGCCCAGGAAAGAUCAACAGCCAGCUGUUAGUGCAUCACCUUGGUCAUCCUCAGCCUGUAAUGAUUGGAUCGUCCUCCGUGGGGGCGGGCCUUAGCUGGCACAGGAACCUCCCGCUGUGUGUGGUUGGUGGAGACCGAAAGCUCUCUUUCUGGAUGACGGAGAUGUGAGCUGGUAUUUAGGGCAAAUCCUGUCAUCUGAAGAAUGUCUAUUUUUAUAACCCAUUUCUCCAAUAAAGAGUCAUUUUUCCA